ACUGAUCUUGUUUUCCAGGCAAGACAAAUCUACCCCAUAUUGUUGGAAGAAUGCCAAAGAUCAUUAACCCCGCCGAUCUAUUAAAAACACACUUGACUGGUGUAAUAGACCAUGGUCAUCAGAAAUUCACCAUAUAUAUUGAUAUCAACCAGUAUCCUCAUGAUCCAAAUUUGACUAUGAAUAUCCUUUUGAAAAAGCUUUUACAGUUGACACAUGACAAUGGUAAUGUACUACCAAGAGUUUUGUAUCUGCAAGCUGACAACUGCUGGCGUGAAAAUAAGAACAGAUAUGUGAUGGCAUUUUUUGAGUUGUUAGUUAUGGAAAAUAUAUUUGAUGAGGUUCAUAUUUCCUUUUUGUUUGUUGGGCAUACACAUGAGGAUGUUGAUGCAGGUUUCAGUCGAAUAGGAGAAUUCUUAAGAAGAAAUGAUGCAGAAACAGUAGAAGAUCUGCUGAAUACUAUUCCAAAUUCAGAACUUCUAAAUAACAUGUUCGAUAUAAAGUCUUGGUUAGAACCACACUUAAAUUUAGUCUCCAAACAUACAGCUCAGCACCAUUUUAAAUUUUCCAAGCAGUCUGGAAAAGUAAUUGUUGAGUACAAGCUCCACCAAGCAGAGGAAUGGUCAAAGCAAGAAACUACAUAUCUCUUUAAAAAGCCAGAUGGAAAACCAAAAAUUUUGAAAGCAGAUGUUACAAAAUUAGAUUUUGAAAGACUGCAAAAAUUGAUAAAUUCAAUGACUUUCAUGUUUAGCGACAACUCCAAAAAAAAGUGGUGGGACAGAUUCCUUAAAGAAAAAUGCAUAAUAAAAGAUUCUGGUAGAAAACUUUGGAUUGAUGACCUGCCAAGGCAGGCUGCUAUUGUGAGACAAGUUGACAAUAUAGAUGUAAUUCCAGAGACGAUCAAAAGGAUGAUAGUGAAAGAGACAGAGCCUGUGAAGAUUGUAUCAAAAGAAAAAAAUCAAGUGAAACAGAAAAGUAAAACAACGUCAUUUCAAAGGAAAAGAAAAACAGGUAGACAGAGGACAUGCUAUAGAUAUGAAAAACAACAAUGUCAAAUACCACUGGAUGGAGAAAUCAAAAGACAGAUUUGGCAUAACAUACUACAAGACCUGUUAGACUACAUUUUGCCCACAGCUAUAUUGUUGCUUUUCAUUUUGCUCUUGUUUUUCAGUUAUUUGCAUAGUUAUUCAAUAUUUUAUGUUUUGAGUUUAAUUGUUAAAUUAUGGAUGACAGUUUUGAUUUCGCAUUUAGGGGUAAUAUCCAAGCAUAUCAAUAGUGAUAUAUCUUUUUUCUGCCACAGUGCACCGUGGUAUGAAAACUGCAUUGAACAAUUGACUUGAAUGUUGCAUAACAUAUUGAAAUGAUACCAUAUUAACAGAAAAAUAUGAAGCAAAAAAAAAUCACUUAAAAGAAAGAAAGCUACAUAGAAGGUAGAAAACAUUUGGGGCUUGCUAACUUAGUUGAUGAGGUAAAUUCAGCUGGAGAUAACUUUAAAACAAGAUCAUAGUGACCCCCAUUUUUUGUUAAAAGCUUGAUUGUUUAGACAGCUCAAAGUGUAUUAAAAUUCUGGUUUACAUUUUGCCUAACUGUUGUAAAUGCGUUUAAUUGUCCUUUAUUUUUCUAAAACACCACUUUUAAGAAACAUGUGAUCUUUGUUUUAUGUUGACCGAAGAAGGGGGAUUGUCAUGUUAUGUUUAAACAUAAAAUAUUUUAUUUGUUUUAAAACAUGCGAAAAGGAGGAUGCAUUUUCAUUGUUUUUAAACUUUGUUCAGAGGCUAUCUGUUGUCAUUUUCAGUAACAUUAAACAGGAGGACUACAUAAUAUAUUUGCUUCUUAUAUAACAAUUAUUGUUUGUUUUGUUGCUCAACGUUUUUUUUAAAUUGAGGUAUUGUUACAGUCAUGUCAGCGUUUCUGCCCGCAAACUUGUACCUAACCCCGACCUUCAUUCAUAAAUGAUUGACCUUCAAGGUCAUAUGUUAUAAAUUGUGCUUGUUUUUCUGUGAUUUUUGGUAAUAUUAGAUGUAACUUUGUAAAUUUUUAAUGGAUCUUCCUAAAGGUUGCAUAUAUUUUGCAUAUAUUAAUCAUUUAGGAUAGUCCUUAAAGUGUACUAGACCAAUCUUGAUCUUUGCUCAUGAAUGACUUUGACCUAGAAGGUCAAAUUAUUGAAAUUUUCAAUAAUUUUGUUGCUGUAACUGGCUAUAAUUUUCUUAUUAUUGAUUGGAUUUGCUUCAUGUUAUUAUAUAAGAUUCUUUGAUAAGACCUUCAUGUAUAUUAAACUCAGAUUGACAUUGGCUCUUUUAUGACCUAAACCUUGAAGUAUAAAUUAUUGAAUUUUCUACCAUUUUUGCUAUAAUUGACUUUAAUUGGUAAUUUACAUAUGGGUUAUCUUCAUACUUUGACAACACAACAUUUUAGACAAGGCCUUCUAAAAGGUUUAAUUGACAUUGGCCAUGAGCUAUAAAUCACCUUGACCAUUAAGGUCAAAUUGUUAAAUUUCAGUGAAAUUGUCAUUAUAUAGUCAAGUGUCAUUAUAUAGUUAUUAUACCCCCACAAACGAAGCAUAAAACUAUGUGCUUUUUGAGAUGUCUAUAGAAAAUGUUAACUGCAUGAAAUGAUGGAGUGGAUAAGUCCGUCAUUUCGUUAAUUUUUCCUAAAGACUCUUUUAACAAAAUGCAUAGUCUUUGAUUUAAGUUAGAUUGAAAAAGGCGGACUAGUCCUCUUUUCCGUUUCAUAAUUUAUUUUUGAUUGUUGUAUUAAGGUGGAUUACCGUCAUUUCAAUUAACGUUUUCUAAAGACUCCUUGAUCUUUAUUUCAAGUUUAAUUGAAGAAGGCGGACUAAUCCUCCUUUAGUUUUUAUUUGAAUUAUUGUUUAAAGUUAGAUUAGUCCGUCAUUUUAUUAAUGAUUUCUAAGACUCCUUGAUCUUUAGUAGAGUUUAAUUGUAAAAGGCGGACUAAUCCUCCUUGAGUUUUUUUAGUUUGAUUAUUAUUUAAAAUUUGAUAAGUCUGUCAUUUUAGUUAAUGAUUUUUAAAGACUCCUUGAUCUUUAUUUCGAGUUUAAUUGGAGAAGGCGGACGAAUCUUCGAGUUUUUUUUAUUGUCUAAAGUUGGAUUAGUACGUCAUUUCAUUUAAUGAUUUCUGUAGACUCCUUGAUCUUUAUUUUGAGUUUCACUGAAAAAGGCGGACUAAUCCUCCUUCACGUUUUACAAUUUAGUUUUUUUUUGUUUUGAUUAUUGUAUAAAGGUGGCUGCGUCAUUUCAUUUAAUGAUUUCUGUAGACUCCUUGAUCUUUAUCUUGAGUUUCACUAAAAAAGGCGGACUAAUCCUCCUUCAUGUUUUACCAUUGAGUUUAUUUUUAGUUUGAUUAUUAUUUAAAGUUUGAUAAGUCUGUCAUUUCAGUUAAUGAUUUCUAAAGACUCUUGAUCUUUAUUUCGAGUUUAAUUGAGGAAGGCGGACUAAUCCUCCUUGAGUUUUCUUAUUGUCUAAAGUUGGAUAAGUCCGUCAUUUCAUUUAAUGAUUUCUAAAGACUCAUUGAUGUUUAUUUUCAGUUUCACUGAAAAAGGCGGACUAAUCCUCCUUCAUGUUUUCUUAUUGAGUUUAUUCUUGUUUUGAUUAUUGCAUAAAGGUGGAUUAGUCCGUCAUUUCAGUUAAUGAUUUCUAAAGACUCUUGAUCUUUAUUUCGAGUUUAAUUGAGGAAGGCGGACUAAUCCUCCUUGAGUUUUUUUAUUAUCUAAAGUUGGAUAAGUCCGUCAUUUCAUUUUAUGAUUUCUGUAGACUCCUUAAUCUUUAUUUUGAGUUUCACUGAAAAAGGCGGACUAAUCCUCCUUCAUGCUUUCUUGUUGAGUUUAUUUUUAGUUUGAUUAUUAUUUAAAGUUUGAUAAGUCCGUCAUUUCAGUUAAUGAUUUCUAAAGACUCAUUGAUCUUUAUUUCGAGUUUAAUUGAGGAAGGCGGACUAAUCCUCCUUGAGUGUUUUUGUUUUGAUUAUCGCAUGAAGGUGAAUUAGUCCGUCAUUUCAAUUAACGUUUUCUAAAGAUUAUUUUAUAAACAUCACGUCUUUGGUUUAAGUUACAUUGAAGAGGCGGACUAAUCCUCCUUCAUGUUUUAUAAUUGAGUUUUAAGUUUGAUUAUUAUUUAAAGUGGGAUAUGUCCACCAUUUCAGUUAAUGAUUUCUAAAGACUCUUGAUCUUUAUUUCGAAUUUAUUUGAGAAGGCGGACUAAUCCUCCAACAUGUUUUAUAAUUGAGUUGUUUAGUUUCGGUUAUUGAGUUAAAUUGAAGAAGGCGGACUAAUCCUCCUUGAGUUUUUAGUUUGAUUAUUGUUUAAAGUUUGAUUAGUCCGCCAUGCCAGUAAAUGGUUUCUAAAGACUCCUGAUCUUUAUUUUUAAUUUCACUGAAAAAGGCGGACUAAUCCUCCUUCAUGUUUUAUAAUUGAGUUGUUUAGUUUUGGUUAUUGUAUAAAGUUGGAUUAGUCUGUCCUUUUCAGUUUAUGUUUAGUAAAGACUCCUUGAAAAAUGCAAAGUAUUUGUUUUGACUUAGAUUGAAAAAGGCGGACUAAUCCUCCUUUUUGUUUUUAUAGUUUUUAGUUUUUUAUUUAUUGUAUAUAUUAAGGUGGAUUAGUCCGCCUUUUGAGUUAACAUUUUCUAAAGAUUAUUUGAAAAAUAUUACGUCUUUGGUUGCGAUUACAUUGAAUGAGGCGGACUAGUCCUCCUUCAUGUGUUAUAAUUGAACAUUUUAGUUUUGAUUAUUGUAUAAAAGUGGAUUAGUCCGCCAUUUCAGUUAAUGAUUUCUAAAGACUCUUGAUCUUUAUUUUGAGUUUCACUGAAAAAGGCGGACUAAUCCUCCUUCAUGUUUGAUUAUUUAGUUGUUCAGUUUUAGUUAUUGAGUUUAAUUGAAAAAGGCGGACUAAUCCUCCUUGCGUUUUUUAGUUUGAUUAAAGUUUGAUUAGUCCGUCAUUCCAGUAAAUGAUUUCUAAAGACUUGAUCUUUAUUUUUAAUUUCAAUGAAAAAGGCGGACUAAUCCUCCUUCAUGUUUUAUAAUUGAGUUGUUUAGUUUUGGUUAUUGUAUAAAGUUGGAUUAGUGUGUCCUAUCAGUUUAUGUUUGAAAAAUGCAAAGUAUUUGUUUUCACUUAGAUUGAAAAAGGCGGACUAAUCCUCCUUUUUGUUUUUAUAGUUUUUAGUUUUUUAUUUAUUGUAUAUAUUAAGGUGGAUUAGUCCGCCUUUUGAGUUAACAUUUUCUAAAGAUUAAUUGAGAAAUAUUA